UAUAAAGAGCAGAUUUAGCGUCUAUCUUCUUCAGCUCAUUCUGGCUAAUGAGCUCUCCUCUUAAACAACAUAACCUUUACUUGCAACCCAAGAUAUUUAGCGAUUUUCUGCAAAUAAUAAGGAGCUAAAUCGAGUGAAAGUCUGAAAUGUUUCUAAUUGUUUGUUAACCAUGGCGGAUAUUACUUUAACAAGCGAGCAAGUAAAGUUUAUAGAGGAAUGCGAGGAGGAAUUCAAAGACCGCUACACAGAGAAUGACAGCGAGUUUAUGAAGAUUAAGAUGAAGGAGCCGAAGAAGCCGCCAAUUGUAGAUCCUUGGUACAAUAAGCCACGCAGGCAAGACUGGUCACAUCAGAAACAAAAUCAAAAUCGUGAUAGGCGUAAUCAUCAUUGGGAUCGUCGUAACAAUGAAAGAAAUGAAAAGUUGGAGCGGCAUGCGGGUAGACACUUCAUGCAUCAUCGACAAAGGAUGUAUUAAAUUUACAACAUAAAUAUAAGUACGAAGUCUUGAAUAACAUGGAAGUUUUGUCCAAAUUAUUGUCUGUGUACAUUAUUUUAUUAAUAGAUAUGUAUAAAAUAUGUAUAUGUAUGUGACAUUUGUUUAUGUAUUUUUAUGGAAUAUCUACAGUAUUUACUUACAUUUAUAAAAUUUUUUUUACAUAUUUUUUUAGUAAUAAGUGAAAUAUAUGAAGUAUUUAUUUAAUUUAUAUUAAGCAUCAAUGCUUUAAUAACAAAAUAAUUUCUUUAGUUAAAAUUCUUAGUAUACCAGCAGAGACAAUUAUAAUUUGCUUUAUUACAUACUAAAGUUGUAAAAAAUCAUAACAUAUUUUUCAUAAUAAAAUUAUGAUAGUCUUUAUAUAGAAACAUGUAAGAUGAAUGAAGAAGUUAUAGGAAAAAAACAUUUGUACAGAUUUUAUUUAUAUUCACAAAAUUAAUGAGUUGAAGAAUAUUGACACGAGAUAUGACUUAUUCUAUAAAUAAAUGAUUGAUAUUAAUUGAAAUAUUUAGAAUAAAAAUAUGAAUAAUAUGUAA